UCUCCUCUUGGCCACUACCACCAUUUCAAGAAAUAUGCAGAAAGUCACCAUUGCCACUCCCACUUCCACUGCGGCCGCCGUAAAUUCACGACGGGCACUAUCAAGCCAAAUCGUACCACCACCAGAGCUACCCCUAUUGCUAUCACCACCACCGCAGCUGCAAAGCCAACCGCCACCACCGUCAGGAACCCAAAACCUUACCGAACGACAUCAAACCCCUACCACCAACACAACCAUCUCCGCUUCAGCUGUCGACGUUUGCUUUGCAAAUGCUAUUUGUGGUCCACCCUUAGCAUCGACAUCAUCCUCUUCUUUGCAGCCAUUAUCGGUGCUAUUUUCUACGUCCUUUACCAUCCUCAGCGUCCCAGAUUCUCAAUCUACUCACUAAAAAUCUCCAACUUCAGCCUCACUACCACCCCCGAUGACAUCACCCAGCGCUCCAUAAAUUUCAAGCUCAUACUCUACACCUUAACUGCAUUGGAAAAUGAAGUUAUUUUAGCCAGUGGAUCAUUUAACGGGAUCAGUAGCAGUCCAAAAAACAUUACCAUUAUGCACUUCAUUCUAUUGACGGGGUCGCAAGUUCUUGAUAUUGAUUCGGUCACGUCCUUGCAAUCUGAUCUGCAAAGGAAAGGUUGGUUGCCGGUGACAAUCUUAAUAGAUACAAUGAUUAGGGUGAAAAUGGACAAACUUAAAAGCAAGAGGGUAGGGAUAAGAGUAACAUGUGAAGGGGUUUAUGGACAAACUCCAACGGGGGAAGUUCCAGCUGUGUGUUUAUCCUUAAAAUCGGAUAACAAUUAAACUUGUAAGUGAUUUUAAGGAUAUGUGAUUUCACUCAGCAAAAAAUGAUAAGUAUAAGAACUAAUGACAGAAAUUACAGUAAAAUAAAGUAAAUCAAUGUGAUGGACAAUUACGGCCCUCGAGCUAGUUACUCUCGAACCAAUUGAACAAACUAUUGAAAGUAUGAAUUAGACAAUAGAGCUUGCAAGAGAUAAAAACGUGAUAUAUUGCUUUGAUAUGCCUUAAUGUAAGAUCAUUACAAAUGAUUAAGACCCUCUUUAUAUAGUAGAGGAAAAAAACCAUCUUCUCCUUCUCCAGAUUAAUCUCCUCUUCGGCACUACCACCAUUUAAAGAAAUAUGCCUGCUGAGAAAGUCAUCAUCGUUUCCACUGCGAUUGUAAUUAAUUAUAGAAGUGAAUUUUUAAUGAUUUUUUAAGAAACUAAGGACAUUGAGGUGUAAAUCAUUAAAAAAAAUAGAAUAAUGUGUAAAUUAAAAAAAAAGUGAAUACAUUAGGGGUGGAAAAUGCAAAAAAUCCAUUUUGGUCAGGUGAUAAAUAUUCAAGGAAAAUCUUACAAUUUGCUUUUAUAAAAAUGCACAUAAUUUACACGCCCAUCGGCUUUAAUUCCCAACCAAAAUCUUAUAUAUUUUAAAUCGAACAUAAUUAUGUUGAGGUUUAAUUUGGGACAAUUCCCCUAGAUUAGAGCGACCAUGACCAUGUCGGCUUUAAAGAUCUUUCUUAACUUCUUUUGCCUCAUUCGCUCUCGUUGGUAAGUCCUUUCUUCAUGACUCUUAUAUCUUUGUUGGUUCUUC